CUCAUCUUCUCUUUACUCCUUCUCUCCUUAUCUGUUUGCAUUCAUUGUUAAGGAUGGUUUUUAUUUUUUUUAUCUUUUUAUUAUCUUGUUGGAUAUCAUUAUGUUUGGCUAAAAUCAAUAACAUUGUGGUCUUUGGUGACUCUUAUUCCGACUUGGGCAAUCGACAAUUAUCGAGUAAUGGUCCUUUAUGGAGUCAACAUUUAGCUAUAGGAUGGAAUGCAUCAUUAUAUAGUUUUGCAUUUAGUGGAGCCACUUGUGAUCAGUCAUUAUACCAACAAAGUAAUAAUACCACUGCACCAUCCUCACCAAGUAUAGUAGAUCAAUUGGAAAUUUAUUAUCAACAGCAAUUAAAUUUGAAGCCUGAAGAUACCAUCUAUGCAUUCUGGGUUGGAUAUAACGAUAUUUAUAAUAUGCUACAAACAAACGAUCAAAAUUAUGACCAACUCACCGAUUGUAUUAUUCAACAAAUGCAUAAUGUUCGCAAAGUAUUUGGAACGAAUAGAUUUCUUAUGUUUACUUUGGUUCCCAUGGACAAGAUGCCUUACUUUAAUAAGGAUAAUGAUAAGAUUGCAUUACAACGACAGAAACAGGCCAUCGAUAAUUUCAACCAACUUCUUCAUGAAAAAGUAUCCAACUUGGUCAAGCAUCAUCAAUCUCUUGAAUUGGAUCUAGUAGAUGCUCAUGAUUUACUGAAAGAUAUGGUGAACAAUCCUGAUGAAUUUGGAUUCAAGGAUGGACAACACUCAUUUUGGGAUACUUGUCAAGGUCAAUGUCAUGAAUCGGUGGAUGAUUAUAUCUGGUGGGACAAGACUCAUUUGACAGGUGGUGCACAUCGAAUCAUAGCGAACAGCAUCUUGGUCUCAGGCUCUAUGGAACCUUCCGUCACCUUACCUUCUCCAGAGGUUGUAGAUGAUAUGAUACAAACACCUGGAUCACGGUUCCAAUCUCCUCAUUACAAAGCAAAGUUUAAUACCGGCAUUAUCGACAAACUUGUCAAAGAAAUCAAUACGGCAAAGCAAGACGAUAAAAACCCAUUAACACAAGAUGAUGAUGAUCUUGAUGAAUUGGAUGAAGAUGAUUGGAUGCUUCGACCUUUAUAUAUUGGCGCUUUAUGUACCGUGAUGUUAUGUAUUGGGUUUGUGCUUUACAAUAAACAACAAUCAAAACGACGAACUAGUGAUGGUGGAAGCUUGGCAGCAUUAUCUGGUUUAGUCAAUAGAAAUCGAGAUAAUGGUCGUGGUCGAUUUACUCCUUUACGCAAUAUGGAAUCUUCUUCAACCGUAGUAUAGUACUUCCCUUUGAUUAUAUAUAUAUAUAUAUAUAUUUAUCGUAUUAUUUAUUGUCAUUCAUUUCAUUUGUAAAUAAAC